AUGUCCCGCGAAUUCGAGCUCGUCUUCGAGCGUGCCAACGACGAGGACUCGCAAUUUCGCCUCGGCAACCAGCUAGACGACGACAGUAACCUGGACGUCCAACGACCGCGCAUCACAGGAUAUGACCGAGAGAGCGACGCUGCUCGCAUGGCCGUGCACGGACACCUGACGACCGUCGUCCACGACUUCGAGAAGGAAGGCAGCGACGUGCCGCCGCGCGUCGGCACAGGAAUGGACAAAAGGAAUGAUACUGGGAUCCGGAAGUUGUCGCCAUCGCUGCAAGCGGGACUGAGUGGUACCACCAGAGGAGUUGUACUGUGGAAAACACGCGCGGCGGUUCUGCUCAAGCGCUGUCCGCACGACGACGGACAAUUCCUCGUUCAUGUUAGCUUGCGGUACAAGAUCUCGCCGUUUGCUGAUUUCAAGGAGACGGUGCUGAACGCGCUGGCCGUUCUACCUCAGGAUGACCCCAUAAUCUUCGAUCCAAAUUACCCAAGCACCCCGUCCGCGGUUCACAAGAGCAGCAGUCUUGCGGUUGCUAAAGAGACGUUGAGCCAGGAGUUUCGGGUCAAAUUUCAGCAGUCCUUGGAUCACGGGCGCGAUGACAACGCUUUCGAGGAAGAAGAGGAACCUUUCAUCGCCAUUGAGGAAUAG